GUAAGCUUUCAUCCAGUGGAUCAUUAAGAACAAUGGAAAAGAACUCAAGGGCUUCAGGACGUUCCUCAAAGAAUUCACAAAGGAGACAAAACGAUUUUUCCACUGGGGAAAAGGGUGUACAAAACAAAGAUAAGAAAAGCAACAGCAGGAACUUCAGUAUGAACAAGGGAAAAACAACCCAAAUGAAAAACCCAGUAACAGAGGACUCAAAGAGGAAGACAGGGAGAAAGGAAAAGAUACCACUAGAAAACUCUCUCAGUGCUGAUAGUAAGGCGACAAGCUCCACCAUAGUGGACGUGGACAAUGUAGUGAACUCAGAUGAGAAUGAGAGUGAGGAAUGCAGUGCCUUGAAUGAAAUUGAAACAUUAGAGGAAGGUAUCAAGCACCGAAGUCCAGGGAUCUGCGAGUGUAUUCUGACAUUCCUUACUUUGUUGCUGAUUCUUGUCUCAUUCCCAGUUUCUGUCUGGUUGUGUGUUAAGGCAAUCCAAGAAUACGAGCGUGCGGUGAUAUUCAGACUGGGACGACUGUUACCUGGGAGAGCCAGGGGGCCAGGUCUCUUCUUCUUCAUGCCGUGUCUGGACACUUACCACAAAGUGGAUCUACGUGUCAAAACAUUGGAGGUCCCAUUUCAUGAAGUUAUAUCCAAAGACAUGGUGACUGCUCAGGUGAAUGCCAUCUGCUAUUAUCGGGUAGAGAAUGCCCCCCUCUCUUUAACAAGAGUCGGUAACUCUUCUGUCUCAGUAUCACUGCUGGUGCAAACCAUUAUUAAAAGGAACUUAGCACGUCGGAAAUUCAAUGAGAUUCUCCUGGAAAGGAAAAGCAUUGGUGAUGAGAUCAAGGUAUCAUUGGAUGCAGCAACCUGCAACUGGGGAAUCAAGGUGGAACAUGCUGAAAUAAAAGAUGUCCGCUUGCCAGCAGAACUUCAGUAUUCAUUAGCAGUGGAAGCAGAAGCACACAGACAAGCCAAAGCCAAGGUGAUUGCGGCUGAAGCUGAGAAGGAGGCCUCAGAAGCCCUGAAAAUUGCAGCUGAUGUUCUGUCUGGAUCUUCUGCUGCUGUCCAGCUGCACUACCUUCACACACUACACGCACUCUCUGCUGAAAAAACCUCUACUGUCGUCUUGCCAGUGCCUUUUGAACUCCUUAACACCAUGUCAGCUGUUACCCAGAAAUCUUUAGUAGCCACUGCUGUAGCUGGAGCACGAGAAACAGCAGGACCUCAGCUGCAAGAAACCAAGACUGACUCUCCAAUGUUGUAAUGAUGGAAAUGACUCAAUUCAAAUUGACAAGGAUUGCAUACUAUUUCUUUCUGCUAGAUAUAUAGGUACCUUUGUCACCAUACUGAAGUACACAGCCAACCACCAAUAUUGUGGAAGAACAAUCUGCAAAUUAAUUAUGAGGCAUGGGAACAUUUUAUUGCAAGUAUUUUGCAUAAAAUAUUCAACAUUUAUGGAAGUUAAGAAAAAAACAGGGUUAGUACUUAAUGAAGUCAAGCAAUAGAGAGCAAUGAUACAUAUCCCCUUCCACAGAAUAUUAUCAAAUUUAAUCAAUUAGAAUGCCUUGUGCAUUUACGAACAAGGAGCAGUAGGCCAUUCAGCCCCUCAAACAUGCUCCACCAUUUAAUAAGAUCAUAGCUGAUCUGAUAAUAACCUCAAAUCUGCAUCCCACCUAACCCUGAUAACCUAUCACCCCCUUGCUUACCAAGAAUCUAUCCACCUCUGCUUUAAAAAUACUCAAAGACUCUGCUUCCACCACCUUUUCAAAAAGAGUUGCAAAGACUCAAGAUCGUCUGAGUGAAAAAAUUUCGCCUCAUCUGUUUUAAAUUGGAGAUCCCUUAUU